AUGCCCGCUUUUCUCCCCGACUGGGCUGGCUGUGGGCGCGCGCAUGCGCCGCAGGAAUGUCUCCUUGUCCCCGCGCCGCAAAGAGAAGGGGACGCGGCGGGCGCGAGACUCCCGGGAGCGCCGGGGCGGGCCGAGCCCCAGGGUGAGCCUGGAGCCCAAGGGAGCCAGCAGAGCAGCCCCACUCCCGCCGCCCCGGGCCCCCGAGGCCCAGCAGCCGCCAUGCACAUCCCAGAGAGCCUGCAGGACCUGGCGGACAGCAAUGCCGUGCAGUUCCUGAAGCGGCCGAAGACGGUCACGAGGAUCUUCGCAGGGAUCUUCGCCCUCAUCGUCUUCUCCUCCCUGCUGACGGACGGCUAUCAGAACAAGACGGACUCCUCGCAGCUCCGCUGCGUCCUCAACAGCAACAACGCGGCCUGCAGCUUCGCCGUGGGCGCCGGCCUCCUGGCGCUGCUCAGCUGCCUGGCCUUCCUGGCCCUGGACGCCCACGAGGGCCACAUUGCCUGCACCCGCUUCCGGACGGCCUUCCAGCUGCUGGACUUCAUCCUGGCCGUCCUCUGGGCAGGCAUCUGGUUCCUGGGUUUCUGCUUCCUGGCCAACCAGUGGCACAACUCGCCACCCAACCAGUUCCUCCUGGGGAGCAGCAGCGCCAAGGCCUCCAUCACCUUCGCGUUCUUCUCUGUCCCCAUCUGGAUAUUCCAGGCCUACCUGGCCUUCCAGGACCUCCACAAUGACACUCCGGUCCCCUACAAGCGCACCCUGGACGAGGGGGGCGUGGUGCUGACCACCCUCUCCCCGCCCUCGGCCGCCAGCCCCAUCAACACGCCUGCCCCUGGCCCCAACUGCGUGACUUACGCCAGCUCCGCCAUGUCCCCCUACAUGGCCACCGCGAAGGUCCCCCGCCUUGCCAUGAUGCCCGACAACUAG